ACAUUUUUGUUUUUAUUCCUACAUUCGCUGUUAAAUUUCGAGCACGCGUUUAAGUAUUAAAUUAUUUUUUAGAUUUUGUAAAAUAUUUUUGUAAAAAUUCUUAGCAAAAUGACAACAAAAAACUUUACCAAACCCCGAUUGUCCAAGGGCAUAUUGGAAAUGAAGUUUAUGCAGCGCACCAAGGCCAAAGUGGACAAAGAAAUAGAGGCAGCCGAGGGUAGAGCCAUGUACUCCAAUGAGAUUACGGAAAAAAUGUUAAACAGCAAUUCAAAUUUCAUAAUUGAACCCAGUUUUGUGCAUUGUGAAAAUCUCAUCGAGGGUCGCUUAAGUUUUCGUGGCAUGAAUCCCGAAAUUGAACGUUUACUUGAGUUGGAACGUGCAGAAAAGGCGGCAGCUAAAAGGCAAGAACAAAGCACUGAGGUUUCCAAUGAUGAUAUGGUAAAGUUCUAUCAAAACAAGACGGCCGGUGCGGCUCAUACCAUAGAAAAGAAAUUUAACAAAUUUAAAAAGAUCAAUCAAAAUAAAAAUAAUAAUAAAAGACACCUAGAGGAUGAGCAAGCUGCCAUAGCUGGCAGUGCGGGUAAAAAGAAGAAAGCCAAAUUUAUGAAACCUAAAACUAGUGACGAUGAAGAAGAACAAAAUAAUUGAUUUGUUUUUACUCUUAGAUGUAUAAGUAGUUAUUAAUUUUGUCUUUAGUUAAUAAGAAAGAGAAUACUUAACGCCCCCGCAUAUAAUUUUGAAAUAUUUGUAUUUUUUAUUUUCUAGAAAAUAUAAUAUAAUAAACAUAA